CGAUGACGGCGCUCUCGACAAGCUGAGGAAGAAGCCGAUUUAGGCUCUCAGGCUUCCCCUCAGCUUCCCCGCUCGCUCCAGGGCGAUCUACGCGCGGUAUGCAAGCAGAGCGAUCUACAGGAUGCUGGUAUUUUUCCGUUCCUUCGGGUCAAGAUGUUGCGAAGCAUUUCAUCUGCCAAAGCCAAGUCAUAUCAAGCACUCUGCCCUGCGCCAUGCUCUCCAGUCCAUACUUGGCCUUGAGCACUCACUAUGCGCCUCAUCCGACCCCUCGUCCUCUUGGGCUUCGGCCUGGUAGUGCAAGCUCAAAAGUGCUGGGAGAAGCUGACCUGUACAGGGCCACUCGAGAGCGCUUUUCCUGGUGACUGGGAGUCCAACAUCUAUGCACCUGCAUCACGUCACGUAUCGCCGACUUCGGUCCUCGCUCUUGCGGACGCCUCGCUCAUCUCUGCAUGGCCCGGCCCGGCUCACAUCACCGGCAAUGGUUCAGCAUUGGUCUUCGACUUUGGAAAAGAGGUGGGAGGUUUGGCCACAAUAUCAUACACAACACAAGGCUCGGGCGCUCUCGGUCUAGCCUUUACAGAAGGGAAGAACUGGAUCGGCUUGUGGUCAGACUCGUCGAACGGUCGCUUCCAGGCAGGGGAUGGUGCUAUCUACGCAAACUUCACCACGUCUGGCAAUCACACCUACACUAUGGACAAGGUCCAUCUUCGUGGCGGCUUCCGAUACAUGACUCUGUUUCUCAUCACGAACGAGACUACGUCCAUCGAUAUCCACGAUAUCUCUCUCGAAAUUGGCUUCCAGCCCACCUGGAGCAACCUUCGCGCCUACGCUGGCUACUUUGAUUGUUCUGACGACGAUCUCAACAAGAUAUGGUACAGUGGGGCAUACACCCUGCAAACAAACGCAGUACCCGUAGAUACUGGUCGCAAUUUUGUCGCCAGUGGCUGGAACAACAGUGGUCUGCUAUCCAAUGGUAGCACCGUCAUCGUCGAUGGCGCUAAGAGAGACCGUGCUGUCUGGCCAGGUGACAUGGGAAUUGCAGUCCCUGCGACUUUUGUCAGUAUCGGUGACCUUGACAGUGUGGCCAAUGCUCUGCAGACCAUGUAUGACCAUCAAAACGCUGACGGAUCCUUCCCAGAAGCCGGUCCUCCGCUAUUGCAACAGAAUUCAGAUACUUAUCAUAUGUGGAGCAUGAUUGGGACGUAUAAUUAUCUGCUUUACACCAACGACACUGCCUUCUUGAACAAGAACUGGGGUCGCUAUCUACAAGCCAUGCACUUCAUCUACAACAAGGUUCUUCAACCGUCUGGCUUACUCAAUGUAACAGGUACACGUGAUUGGGCAAGAUGGCAGCAGGGUUUCAACAACAGUGAAGCCAACAUGAUUCUGUACCAUGCACUGGUCACGGGAGCAGAUCUUGCAACCUGGCAAGGAGAUACGACCGGCCUUGCGGAUACCUACAGAUCUCGCGCAGCAAACCUGAGCACUGCGAUAAAUCAGCACUGCUGGGACGGGAGCUUCGGGGCUUUCAAAGACAAUGCGACAGAUACCUCACUCCAUCCUCAAGACGCUAAUAGUAUGGCCGUCUACUUUGGUGUCGUUCCUGCGUCCUCGCCUUCAUGGUCAUCUUCGCGUGCUCAGAGCAUCUCUGAGAGGCUUACAGACAAUUGGACACCCAUUGGCGCUGAGACGCCAGAGCUGCCAAACAAUAUCUCGCCAUUCAUCUCUUCGUUCGAGAUACAAGCGCAUCUGGUUGCGGGCCAGAGCAAGAGGGCACUAGAUUUGAUACGCCGAUCAUGGGGAUGGUACUUGCAUCAUCCGAAUGGCACAGGGUCCACUGUCAUUGAAGGCUACCUCACGAACGGCAGUUUCUCGUAUCGAAACAGUCGCGGAUAUUCAUAUGACGAGUCGUAUGUGUCGCAUUCGCAUGGUUGGAGCGCUGGUCCGACUUCUGCUUUGACCAACUUUAUUGCUGGAUUAUCUGUGACUGGCCCGUUGGGUUCGACCUGGUCGUUGAAGCCGCAGUUUGCAGAUCUGAAAUAUGCUCAAGCAGGGUUCGUGACUUCUCUGGGCAGAUUCAGCGCAGGCUGGAACGUUACAAAUAAUGGCCGAGACUAUUCUUUGUGGUGUAAGAUACCAGAUGGAACCCUGGGAAACGUCACUUUACCUCCGCUACUCUCUGGGAAGACAGGCAAAGUGAUCAUAGACGGAAAAAGCUUCAAGAACAGGAGUGUUGACAAAAGAGAUGGCUUGACCUUUGAGAUUGGUGGGGGCAAUCACAGUAUAGUUGUUGUCAGUAAGUGAUGGCAAUUCAGAAAGCCUACGCGAAUGCAAGCGUCGCUUUACAUUCGAAUUUGAUACCAAGACCAAGAAAUGAAUGGCAAGAACAGAUCGCAGAUGAUCAUGU